AUACAGGUAUUCGGAAACCAUAGACAAAAUAUAUAGGGAACCAGAAAAACAAAAAUUUCAAGCUUUCUACAUUUAUAAUUUUUUAAAUACUUUGGUAACUAUUUUGUGUAUUUUCAUUGCAAUUAAUUUGUUGCAAAACUGAAGCUGCAAUUAUGUCGGAGGUUUUCACCGUCAGGGAAGAGUUCGAAGUCCCAGCAGCAACACCAAACCAAAGUCAGACGUCGCUCCAAAACUCUUCGAAAAUCGAGCCUGAAAAAUUUUUGCAGAUUGAGGAGAUAUUAAGGUACGUGGUGGGUAACGAGCUGGGAAUUGCAGAGCUAGCUGAGGAAAUCUUUGAGGUUCCAGUGGUGGAGGAGAAGAGCUUGGAAGUUCCCUUGGAGCUGGAACAUACAAAGGAGCACGAAAAGACGGAAGAACCCGAAGAUCCCAAUGACUUUGAGCUUACGCAGGAGAUAAGCUUAUUAGAGGACGAGGAGCUGUCUUCCUGUUUGUCCUUCACAUCCUGUUGUUCCUACAAGUACAUCAGGCAAUCAAUCGACAGUAGACAGAUUCGCGACGCAUCCACUCAGAGUUUGUAUAGUUUCAAUGAGAUCGAUUCCCUAACGGAUGCUAGUAACAAUCAGGCAAAGGAGAAGUUGGGAAAAGAGACCUACUCUGGCGAAGAUCUCAAAACGCAUUCCUCCUCCGUUAAGGUCGUAAUGGAGAAAAGAUCCAUAAUCUUUACGCCCGAAGGCAGUGAUAGUGAUUGCGAAAUAAGUCUGGACGAAGUUUUCCAACGGUUUUCAACUUGGUUUAAUCGCACCGAAAUCGAUUCAGCUUUUUCCAGCUUUAUGCGUGUGGAUGAAGAUCAGGAUGGGUAUAUAUGUCUGGCGGAACUCAAGAGAUUCCUGGAGAUACUGGAGAUGCCGCAGACCCAUUUGGCAGUCAAGAAUGUUAUGACCCAUGUGGUAGGAAAUCACGAGGGUCGGCUGAACUUCUGUCAGGUGCUGCUUAUCCAUGGCACUUUGAUGCGCCGCCUGGAGUUACGUAAGUGGAAUCUACAGGAUCGCGAGAAGCAGCGUUUGGCCAUGAGUCAAGCCGUAGACGUAUCCCAGUUGGGUGUUAGAGCCGCCAAACUCUUUUUCGAGGCCAAGAUAGCCCUACAAACGGAACCACUGCCCCUGAAUUUGGCUCAACCGGUGGCCAGAAUUCCGACUACCAAUUCCCAGGACUGCCAGAACAAAGGCUGCCAAAGGGAACAAUUCAAGUCCGCCGCGGCCGUUUUCAAAAAGCUCGAGAGUGAACAAUGAGCUGACCCGCCGUUACGAGUGUGUUGUGUACAAAUUUCAAGUUGAACUGCUCAAACCAAAUUGUACGUUUCAUCAUAGAGUGACCUUGAGUCUACUCCAUAACUUUCCUUAAGUUAUUUGCCAAUAAAGUUUGAUCCAAGAA